GUUUCCAUUUUCGUCGAAAUUUUGCGUCAAACCCUAAUUUCAGUUCCUCAAUCCCUAUCCCUAACCCAAAUCCUAUAAAAAAACUCUUUUCUUUCAAUCCUUAACAGUGGAGGACGAGAAGAGAAAAUAAGUGGUUUGCGUGACGGUGCAUCAUGAGGCUAUAUUGCUUCUGAAACUUCUUCUGACUGAGGUCUUCAUUGUCCAUGGAACCGUCAGAGAAUCAGUAGUUUUUAAGUGGUUCUAACUUUCAUUACAUUCACUAAUCCUUCUAGGCUUAGUUUUACUGUCAGGCUUUGGUAAUAUCAUCCCCUAGUUUGAUGGAAAAUAAAAUUUGGACCAUAAAGGAUAUCUCAUGAAUCAUAUGAUUAUCUUGGGUUUUAGGGAAGUUUGUGUGUUUAGUUGAAGUUGCUAAAGAGUAAGUUUUCUAGGUCUAUGUAUACCUUUCAAACCUUAGAAGGUAAGUUGAGAGACUGUAUGUCUUUAAUCCGUGGGCUAUUUUGGAUAUCUCAUAUGCUAAUCUACUCUUUAGUAUAGCUUUUCAGCCUUUAACAUAAAGUUGGGACAUGUAAAUGGCAGCCUAGAGGAGAUUUAUUUUAAGAGCUUGUGUCUUGGAUUUUAUAGGGAGUUUCGAGGUUCUUUGCCACUCACAAUCUAGUAUCAUUAUGGCUCCUACAGGAUCUUUGUUGUGUUUGAGUGAAGUUGUUCUGAGGAGGAGGCUGUUGGAUUCCAAACGAGAAAAUUUGAUCAUUGGAGUGAUAACUUGGUGGUUAUGUUGCCACAGUGUUUCUAAAACCAUCUAUCUACUUAUGAAAAGGAAUUACUUGUCUUAAUUAGGAUAAUGGUUACCUGUGUAUUUUCUUGUCUCCUUUUCUUUGGCAGUCGGGUUCAAGGGUAGGUCAUGGAAGCACUUUUUCAGCAUUUUGAGCAUUAUAUAUGUAUUUCAACGCAUAAAGAAAUUUUCAUUUGAUAUGUACAUGCAAAAGUAAUGUUGGAGUGAUAAAACUCAAAUUUCAAU